AUGGCAAGUCAAUCGCAGGAAUCAAUUCCUACGUUUAAGCUUGUUCUUGUAGGAGAUGGAGAUAUGUCUAUGCCUCGACACUUAACGGGAGAGUUUGAGAAGAAAUACGUUGCGACGCUGGGAGUAGAGGUUCAUCCAGUUACGUUUUAUACGAAUUAUGGACAAAUUUGUUUUAAUACAUGGGAUACUGCUGGACAGGAGAAAUUUGGAGGUCUCCGGGACGGAUAUUAUAUUCAGGGGAAUUGCGGUAUUAUUAUGUUCGAUGUGACAAGUCGUAUUACAUAUAAAAAUGUUCCCAAUUGGCACAGGGAUUUAGUUAGGGUUUGCGAAAAUAUCCCUAUUGUUCUUUGUGGAAAUAAGGUAGAUGUUAAAGAACGUAAAGUCAAGGCAAAAACGAUUACAUUCCACAGAAAAAAGAACCUUCAAUACUACGAUAUCUCGGCUAAAUCCAAUUACAAUUUUGAAAAGCCAUUUUUAUGGUUAGCUAGAAAACUGAUUAAUGCAACCUUAGAAUUCGUAGCAUCACCAGCAUUAGCGCCACCCGAAGUGCAAAUAUCUCAAGAAAUGAUUACUCAAUAUCAAACUGAAUUACUAGAAGCUCAAGCGCUUCCUCUUCCUGAUGAAGAUGAUGUUGAUUUAUAA